AUGAAUUUCGAAAGAUGCCCUCUUGCACCUCGAUCGGCAAAUAUAAUUCCCCAGAAACAUGAAGGUGUUGUGAAACAAAAGGCCGCUUCAGUGACAGAGGACGCUGCGGUCGAGCAAAAAAGGUCUCAUGCUUUAGAGGAAAGUGUCUCUUCACCUGAAAUCGAAAUAAAUAAUGAGAAUUCAGUAACUACAACCCCGAAACAUCAGAAGGUUACGACUCCUAAAUCAUAUCGGAAGUCAGUAAAGCGAGUAAAACAUGAUGAAUCUAUCACUAAAGAAGUCCCUCAUAUGAAGACACUUGAACCAAUCAAUGAAGAAUUAAAAAACGAUGGAGCCGAUGCCACGAAAUUAGCUACGGCAAAGUCGGCUUCCCAAAAGGCUAAGUUGAUGGAAUGGAAACGGCAAUACAAAAAGGCAUUUCCGAAUUUCCGUUUUUAUUUAGAUGGAUUUGAUUCUAAUCUUCAGCAACGAGUUAAGCGUCAAAUAGUUCAAUUAGGGGGCCAUGUAGAGACUUUUUUUUCUGGUAAUGUCACUCAUGUGGUUACGACAAGAUCUAUACAAGACAUAGCAGCAAAAAAUUCUAAACAAGACGUGCUUACCAAGGCACGUCAACUGAAUAUGAAGAUCUGGAGCAUGGAAAAAUUGUGCAACCGAGUGCUUAAAACGCUUUUGGAAGAAGAUCCAUUUGCUGCUAGUUCUUCGCAAAAGCAAGGAAAUGAUUUAAGUUAUCUGCUUUAUGUCGAAAAGGUCCAGGGUACAAAUGAGCGUGAUUUGUCUGUACCAAGGCAAGACUUUGUUCAUUUCAAGGGCCCUUAUCUAUAUGUUCACGAUAUCGCAAGUACUUACAAGCCUAUUCUUCUAAGAGAAUGGCCUAAGCCUUCAAACGAUAAGGACGUACCAUGGCCCACGUUUCGUGCAACCAGUAUAGGUAGAUGCCCGUUUGUGCCCGAAAACAAACAGCGAUUGAGUAUUAAUGCACAUACGGCAGCGGCAGCGGCAGCAAAAGCUAAGCAAGAUCAAUCACAAGAACAGCAGCAACGCAUACAAAUACAGUGUUCUCAGCAACCGCCUACGACACUUUCACGAGCUAAUUCUUUCAAGCUAUCUAUUCCAUUACUAUCUAACAAUGUUGCUUCUACAUCAAACUCAAAUAGUGUGUCUAUCAAUCCUGAAAGUGCUCCUUUGCCGAAUGCAAAUACAGGAUACCAUCAACAGGAGCAACCUUCAGCGAAACCAAAACCGUAUCGCAUGCUCGAUGAUGGCAUGCAAGCUUCUGGUAUCGUUCAGUCUAACCUUACUUCAGCGACAAUGUCCAAUAAUUCUAAUAUUCGUUCAGGAAGCGCAGCAGGUGUUCCUGUUGUUGCCAUCAAUGGACGAGACAUUAAUGAACUUAAGAAAAGAAUAAUUCAACAGAAAUCCGGGGCACCAAACAAAGAACAGGGUUACAAGAGUAUGCUUCAAAAUGCUAAUCAGAGAAAAAUUAAGAUUGACCCAAAACCUGGGUAUUGCGAAAAUUGCCGAGAAAAGUUUGACAACUUUGAAAUGCAUAUUCGAGGUAGGCGUCAUCGGAAAUUUGCUGAGAAUGAUGAAAAUUUUAAAGAAUUGGAUGAACUAUUUGAGCUCGUGCAGCGACCUUUUCGUCCGCUGUGA